UUUUAGUAUUUUUUGAUAAUUUGUGAUUUUAUACGAAAAUAUUGGUUUUCCGAUGUACUACAAAAGUAGCCCGAAGUUGUGAAUAAAGUGCAAUUGAAUAGUAAGCAAUGGCCGAUCCAGCAGCCGAAGUCAAACCGAAAGUUUCGGACCAAGAAAAUGAACUGGAAAUAGUGGCUUUCAAUGAGUUCCAAAAGGCAGAUUACGCGUCCUGUCUGCAAACGCUGCUCAAACUGCAGAAAACGCAGGACUCGAAUCCGAAGGUCAUCCACAACCGAGCGGUGGCGGAGUUCUACUUGAGCGAUCUGCGGAAGUACGACCACUUCCGGAAGACGAUGGUGCAAAUCACCGAGCUGGUGGGCGAGAUCCACUCGGUGGAGGUGAAGCAACCGGAACUGGCGGCGGCCUACGUGAACCAAGCGAUGAUCCUGUACCACUUCCGGCAACCGUUGGCCGCGCUCAAGAUAAUGAUGGCCGUGAUGGGACACUUCGAGCAGCUGGACGAUUAUCUGCUGCGGAAGGCGGGCAUUUUUACGGUUCAUUUGCUGUUGGAUAGCAAUCAGCCGAAAAAGGCUAAUGAAUUGCUAGGGAUGCUGCAAACUCGGCUGAGCAUCCGGGUCCAGGAGAUUUUGAAUCCGGACGAUGAGGAAGAGAAGGUGGUGGACAACGAAAGUCGGAAGGACAUAUCGGAGAUUCAAUUCGAAGAGUUCCGGAAAGAGUUUCGACUGAUAUUGAUCCGAUCCAAUUUGUUGAAUGGGAAGAAACAUUUCACGAUCCCUUGCGAAGAGACGUCGGAGUAUUCGAUUCUAAAGGGUCAUCAGUACUACCUGGGAAAUGACUACCAGAUGGCCGCGAAGGAACUCUCCAAAAGGUUCGUGAAUGAACCGAACAGAGUUCCAACGCACGGAGAGGACCAAAAUGCGUGUUUGGCCAAUAACAUGGGGCUGAUCCACUUUGCGGUGAAGCAUUACGCGCUGGCAGCAAGGUUCUUCCAGCAAGCGCUGCUUUUUGAUCAGGCUGCUACCGGGAAUUCUUCAACGGAGAAAGUCGAAGGCAGUCCAUUGUACUGUGUGGGAGCAACGAAGCGACCGGAGGUUCUGUACAACCACGGAAUCACGUUGCUUCACUUGCAGAAACCUAAAGAAGCUUUUGAGUGUCUUCUGGUGGUGUUGAGUUCUUUCCACAGUAAUCCAAGACUUUGGCUACGGUUGGCCGAAUGCUGCAUAAUGGUUCAUCAGCAGACGCAAAAAGAGCAAACAAAGAAUGUAGCGACGGUGCUUCAGCAUAGGAAACAUCUGCAAAAGCGGCCGUUCAACAGCGAAGAACAGUCGGCUGCAAUUCCCAGCACGACGUUGGAAUUUGCUUCUCUAUGCCUUCGCAAUGCAGUAACGUUGAUUGAUUACCACACAAAGGAGAUGAACAAACAGCUGGAAGCUACCUCGAAACCGGCCUCGUGGGACAAAGUGUACGAAGGUGUCCCGUGCAGCCCAUCGCAGCCGUUGAAACCGGCCAGCCUGGAGAAACUCCGCAUUGCCACCCUCAGUGCCUAUAGCUACGUCCAGCUAUGUCUCGGUGAGUACACGAUGGCCCUGAAGUACGCCCAGGAAACCCUCACCAUCGAAGACCUGCCGGAAACGCACCAAACCCUGGCCUCGAUGUACUGCGCCGAAGCGCUGAUCAUGAUGGACCGCAUCCCGGAAGCGCUGGUCUACCUGGACCCCAAACGGAUGCAGGACUUCAAGGGGGAAGAUUUCACCACCCGGGCGUCACCAAACUGGAACAUGAACUCGCUGGAAGCGGCCCAAUCGGUGAUGCACUACAACCUGGCGGUGACGCUGUUUACCAUGGGUGAUUAUGAAAAGGGAAAAAUCUGUAUGAGCGCCUGCACCCAUCCGGUGGUGGUGCCCCAUUUGAAGAUGCUCAAAAUGUACUACGAGCUGGUGUUUGGCAAUGUGGAGAAGGUCAAAAUGAUGGCACGGUACGAUGCCGGAAAUUUGGUGUGAAAUGGAU